CCAGCCCCUCUUAAGCGCCUCGGGCCUGGGGCUCCUCCAGAGCUCCGUAACGGGCCGGCCCAUUGGGGCCACCGUCCAGGCGCCCACACCAGCCUGUCGCCCCUCAGAGUGUGGGGUUUUUCUGGGGGCGGUCAUGGAGCUGGGCAGCUGCUUCAAGACCUACGAGGACUUCAAGGAGUGCUUCAGCGCCUACAAAAAGGAGAACAGGUGCUCCUUCAUUCUCAGGGACUGCGUCUCCGUCCGCUUCCACAACCUCAACCACGGCACCUCCAUCCGCGAGGACAUCCUAUAUGUGCAAGUGAAAUUUGUCUGUAUUCGGAGCCAGUCAAACAGGAAGAGAACAUCAGAGGCAGACAUGUGCCCAGCGUACUUGCUCCUGCGGUACAAUGAGCAACUGGAUAGACUGUUUGUCAGUGAACUCAACACCCAGCAUGUACACGUUGAUUCCAGAACUGCAGGCUCUGGGGCAAACCCCACUGGCAAAUCUCAGAAGUCAGUGUGCCUGCAGAAACCCCAGCCCGCCAUCCCGAAAGACCUUGACCCACCUGAGAAGCCCCCAGUUGAGCCACCGUUUUGCUUAGAUAAGGUCCAGGCAUCCGCUAAGCCAGAGCAGGAGGGCAUCACCCCUUCCGACCUGGCCAGGAUAGCAAAAGUGAUGAAGAACUUCCUUAAGGUGGACGAGGGCUCCAUGGCCUCUCUCAGUGUAGGCAACAGCCAGGACCUGGACCGGCUCAGCUUCCAGAGCAGCAAGAUGAGUGACCUGUUUGUCCGCUUCCCGGAGAAUCUCCUGCUGCACCGAGUGGAGAACACCCAGGGCCACAUCCUCUACGCUUUCUUGGUGGAGAACAAAGAACGGGAGAGUCGAGUGGUCCACUUUGCUGUGCUUAAGGCCGAGACGGCCACAUCCGUGGCCAAGAUGCUCAGUAUUUUCAUGGAGUUCAACUCAGAUUGGCCCAAGGUCAAGGUCGUCUUUGUGGACCCUUCCUUCCCUCAUCGGGCCGUCCUGCAGCAGCUCUUCCCUGCCGCCCGCAUCCUCCUCUCCAUCUACCACACGACCCGGCUCCUGGAGAAGAAGCUGCAUCGGAGUUCAGCCGACCCGCCCUUUAAGAGACUCAUGAAGGAAGCCCUUCGGGAGGCGGUGUUUGUCACUUCUGACAGCAACCUGCAAAACCUCUGUCGGAUGUCCCGAGCCCUGCUAGAUGAGGACCUCUUCGGGUUCCUGCACGCCCACUGGUUCUCCUGUGAACUGCUGUGGUACAUGCACGUCAGGAAGGGCCUGCACGCCUGUAACACCUACAUGGACAGCCUGGACGUCGUCACCAGCAAGGUGUCGAGCCUCUUCCGCGAGCAGCAAUCCCUGAUGGACUGCAUCCUCCGCUUUGUGGACUACAUCGACUCCUUUAACACCAAAGGCUUGAAGAACUUGCCCACAGCUCCUCCCAAGCUGAAGAGAGCCCGGCCGGCAAGCACGCCACCGAAGUCCAAGAAGGCGUUUGGAAUCUGCGGAGGAAGCCUCGCCAGCCUCCCCGAGGAAGAGGCCACGCCAGACCCACAACGGGUGCCCUUGCAGCCGCCGCCACAGGUGCCGCCCUCCCAGGGUGGCAUGCUAGACAGCUUGCACAAGAGCGGCUUGGAGCUGGCCUAUAAGCUGUGCCACAAUGAAUGGGAGGUGGUACAGAACUCCACCCACCUGGUGGACGUGGCCGGCUCUUCUGUGGACAUCCAGCUGCUAGAGGACUCUCAGCAGGUCAGCAAAGACGGCUGCAGCUGCAGCUGUUCCUUUCAACAGUGGUACCAUCUGCCAUGCCGGCACAUUUUGGCCCUGCUGCACACCAGCCAAAAGCCUGUGGGGGAAGCCAUGGUGUGUCGCCGGUGGCAGAAGAGGUACCAGCACCUGCUUGGGCCCAGUGGGGAGCUCAGGGAAUCUGUCGUGGUGCCAAACACAGGCCAGCUUGGGAAGCAAGGACGAAAUGACAUGAUUCUGGACCUAAGCAGGGAGCUGGCAAACCUGCUGAUGCAGAGCGAGGGGCCUGAGCUGGAGGAGCGCUGCUCCACCCUGCGCAAGAUCGUGGACAUCUGGGCCGACCCGUGCCAGCCCCCAGAGCCCAUUCAGCAGCCAGGGGACUUCAGGGAUGUGGGUCGCCUCCCUUUCCUCUGGGGAAAGCAGGAAGAAGGGGAGGGACAGCUUUCUGCUGGGGCCAUGAUUUGAGACUGACGCACUUGUGCUGGUAUAUUGGACCACAAACCCUCCUUGGAAGCCGGAGAGCUCAGAGUGGGCCAGAUGUGCGGGGAAUCAGCGUUUUAGCCUGUGUCUUCCCAGGCAGGGCUAGGACUGUUACUUUCCCGAGAGAAAGAAGAACCCCGCUGUGUGACAGCACUUGGCAUCCACCCCUUUCCGGCCUUCCCUUUGGCAUUCCUUGGGAGCCUGGUUCAUAUUCAAGGCCAAAGUUAUCUCCAUACUAAAAGGUCAUCCCGCUCUCUUCCGUGACCUCUGAGAUCAGAUCUGACUUCACAGAACGAACCCCUGCACUGGGAUAGGGUGAGACGAAAUGGACUUGGUAAAAGGGUCUGUUUUCAGGGACAAAGGGAAGGAGGGUGAUCCUUGACUGUUGCUGCUCUUUACAAAGAUCUGUUAUUUGUACCUUUUUAUUAAU